GCGGCGCUGCUGGCGAGCCAGCACUGCGGCUGCGCGGCAGGGCCUAGCGGAGCCAGGCUUCGCUUUUCCUCCCCCCCGCUGACGAUGCCGCGGGCGAGCGCCUCGCUCCGCCACGCCGGCCGGCCGAGCCUGCAGGCUGAAGAGCUGGACCCGGAGGACGACGACGACGAGGAGGAGGAGGAGGCCGUGGCCGCGGCCGCCGGCGGCAGCAGCAGCAGCAGCAGCCGCUCCCAGACUCCGACCGCCUCGCAGGUUCAGCGCCACCUGUCCAAACUGACCCCGGCCGCCGUGGUCGACCGGAAGGUGAGCGAGGUGGUCCAGUACGUGCUGAUCAUGGAGCAGCGGAAAGUGCCGGUCAAGCGCAAGGACAUCACGAAGAACGUGCUGAAGGAGUACAGGUCCAUCUACUCGGAGAUCAUCCGGCGGACCGCCCGGACCUUCCGGCAGGUUUUCGGGAUGGAGCUGGUGGAGAUCGACACGAAGAACCACGCCUACAUUCUGGUGAACCGGCUGCCGAGGCGGGAGGGCGACCGCAUGAACUGGGGCCCCGCCACCCCGAAGACGGGCCUGCUGCUGGUGAUCCUCUCCAUCAUCUUCAUGAAGGGCAACGCGGUGAAGGACUCCCUGCUUUGGCACGCGCUGAAGAGGCUGCGGGUCGACCCCGCGGAGAGGCACGACGAUUUCGGCGACGUGAAGAAACUGGUCACGGAGGAGUUCGUCCGGCAGCGGUACCUGGAGUACUGCCGAGUGGCUCACACGGAUCCGGUGGAGUAUGAAUUCCGCUGGGGCGCCCGAGCUUUCAGAGAGACCUCCAAGAUGAAAGUGCUGGAGUUUGUGGCAAAGAUGCAUGACAACCAAGACCCCAAAACAUGGAACACCCAAUAUAAAGAGGCCCAACAGGAGGCAGCGUCCCUUGCGCAGUGAGUGCCCUCGGAGCCGGGUGCUUUCCCCCCCCCCCCUCUCAAGAAGCACCUGACUGCACAAACUCUCCUCAAACGGCGACAAAGCUUCCCUCUUUCAUCUCUGCUCUCCUCUCUUGCCACUGAGCCAUUGCGCUGAAUUAACAGAGACCAGCUCGUGAUGUGAGUGGUGCACAUAGGUUGUGAAAGAAAGUGCCCACUUUGCUUCUUACACAGCAGUGCAAUCGCCUCGCAAGCGAGAGGACCCGCGUUUGAUUCCCUGGCAGGGUG